AUGCGACACGACACUCUUGGUGGUGAUCUGUCCCCUCAGGUAGAAGACCUUGAAGAAAAACACAACAGAGAAGUGAGUGAAAAGAGUCGACCAAUGGCACAGUCCUACAAUGAGGAAGAAGAUGGGAUCAUAUCAGCUGGUGAGGAAGAUCGAUUUAGUGAAUAUGAAAAGUACCUAAACGCACAAUCAAGCAGAAAGGAUCAGAAGAAUUACGAAAACAGAGUCCGUAGCUAUUUGCAGAAAUAUAAGAGGGUGUCCAAGGGUGACAAAAAUGAACAGCUGGACGAUGAAGUUGUCUCGGAUGUGAUUUGCCCACAGGGAGAGUCCCCAGGAGGAAAGAAGUUCCCAGGAGAAGAGAACCCCCCAGCAGAGGAGAAGUCCAAUGAUGAUUCAUCCUCCACGGAACCGAAAGAAGAUCUUAAGAAAGAGCCCCUAAGCAUGGACACUGAUACCAAGUACCUGUAUGAUGAGGGAGAAAGCAGUUUAGAAUUCGACGAGGACCCGGAAGAAGUGGAAAACUUGAUUGAGACGGAUGGGUUGGAGACCCCUGUCGGCGACGUGGCAACGAACGAGGAAGAGUCUGAGGAUGUGGGGGACAACCAGGACGAAGUUGAAGUGUCUGCAAGCACAGAAUAA